GCCACUGCCGCUUCUCCUCUGCACUCUUUUUGAGCCCAGAAGAUCCAACAAUCAGAAUGGAAGUGACCGUGGAUGACGUUAUGGUGCACGUCUCGGCCCAGGAGGAGCACGCCUCUCCCGACUACAUGGACACCAGGGACAAAGACAAACGCAGCCGUUCCUCAUCCUCAUCCUCGUCCUCGUCUUCCUCAUCCAGCUAUAAAGAUGAGGAAAAAGCCAAGGAGAAGGUGGAAACCAAAGUGAUGGAGAUGAAAACUGUCAUCCAGGAGACCAAAGCAGAGGAGGUGAACGGUGGAUCCCGACGCUCAUCAUCAUCAUCAUUAUCUUCCCUGGAGGCAGACAACGUCGAGGAUGGAAUGAUGAUGGCCUACAAGCACCAAGAGGUUGAGUCCAAAAUGGCCAAGGGGGAAGACCAGGUGGACUACGGCAUCAAGACCCUGGAGAACCUCACCCUGGACAAGAGCGCCCUUGCUCCGAUCGAGCCCGAGCAUCCAACGAUCUCGCUCUACGUCAAGGCGGGCAGCGAUGGCGAGAGUAUUGGCAACUGUCCUUUCUCUCAGCGUCUCUUCAUGAUUUUAUGGCUCAAAGGCGUCGUCUUCAAUGUCACCACCGUAGAUCUCAAGAGGAAGCCGGCCGACCUUAAUAACCUGGCGCCCGGCACCCACCCGCCGUUCCUCACCUACAACGGAGAAGUCAAAACGGAUAUCAAUAAGAUCGAAGAGUUCCUCGAGGAAAUGCUGGCGCCACCCAAGUAUCCCAAACUGGCAGCCAAACAUAGAGAGUCAAACACGGCGGGCAACGACAUCUUCGCCAAGUUCUCAGCAUUCAUCAAGAAUACCAAAAUGGAUGCCAACAAUGCGCUAGGGCAAGGUCUGACAAGGGCCCUACAGAAACUGGACGACUAUCUGAACAGUCCCCUGCCUGACGAGAUCGAUGCUAACAGUAGAGAGGAAGAAAAGGAGUCCAGAAGAAAGUUCCUGGAUGGAAAUGAGCUGACAUUGGCUGACUGCAACCUGCUGCCCAAACUGCACAUUGUCAAGGUGGUGGCCAAGAAGUACCGUAACUACGACAUCCCCUCGGAGAUGACGGGUAUCUGGCGCUACCUGAAGAACGCUGCCGCCCGUGACGAGUUCAACAACACGUGCGCCGCCGAUGCAGAGAUCGAGAUUGCCUACAAGGACGUGGCCAAGAGGCUCGCCAAGUAGCCUCUUAACUACCAAAACCUUCCUUUUUUCUCUCAGCCCUGCAGAGAUUUAUUAGUUUAAGGAUGCUCAAAUGCACUCAGAUGUGACGGAUGGUCCCACUCCUGCUGUCUGUGAGCUAUUUAUUCCUCAUGACACAAAGCUCCCUUUCACAUGUGCUGCAAAGCUUUGACUCACAGGCGUCGAGGCGGUUAGAUUUAUUUAUCCCCACGCCUGUGGACGUCUCGCCCGACUCACAUGUUUAUUAUUGAGCUCCCGCUGCGCCUCGUCUUCCCACGGGAUGGCGCGCCUACGAGCCGUCAACGUCAAAGUUCCUCUUGGUUGUCAUUAAACUUCACUUGUUUUGUCUC